AGUAUUUAUAAAAAAAAAAAAAAAAAAAAAUCGUUACUCAAACAAAAAAAAAGUGAAGUUUUUACUCGUGAUAAUAAUAAGUAAUAAAAAAUAUAAAUAACAAAAAUGAUUAAAUACGUGGUUGUUAUCGCAUUGAUCGGUUGCGUUUGGGCAGCGCCCGCAGCACAAGAAUCCGGGACGAAAUCGCUGCUGGAAGACGCAUUUGACGUUUACGCCUCCUGCGCAUCGGAAACAGAUUUGUCGGUUUGCCUAAAAUUGAAAGCGCUAAAAAUCGUCGAUCGGGCUGCGCGGGCCGCGGACAUCAGUAUUGUAGAUGGGCUUAAAAUCGUUCAGACCGACGAGGCUAAGAGAAGUCGUGCCGAUAAUGCAAGGUCGUUGAAUGACAUCGAGGCGAGUUUACCAACAGAAAUCGAAGCACGUGAAGCUGCUGUUGAUGAAGCAUUAGUUGAGAGAGCUGGUAAAUUUUUGUCAACUCACACUGUCGAGCUCAGUUUACCCGAAGAAGUUUCCCGGUCAUUCGAUGAAGCUCGUGGAAAAAAGAAGAAAAUCGUCAAGUCAUUGCUGCCGAUCCUUCUGCUGCUGAAACUUAAAGCUGCAGCUUUGAUCCCAAUCGUUCUCGGUGCAUUGGCACUGAUCGCAUUCAAAGCUCUGGUGAUCGGUAAGAUCGCUCUGAUCAUAUCUGCAAUUUUGGCUCUUCAGAAAUUGUGGGGACAGAAAAAUAGCCAUCAGAGUUACGAAGUCGUUGCCCACCCCGGUCAUCAUGAAGAACAUCACGGAUGGGGAAGAUCGGUACCCGCUGGAGAACUGGCUUACAAUGCCUACAAGCCAACUAAUUAAUAUAUUUAUUUAUUUAUUUAUUUAUCAAAACUAAUUAUUAACGGCCAUUGACUAAGUUUACUAUCGUACUAAAUGACAAAACAAUUAGACAUUUUUUUUUUUACAAGAGAGAGAAGAGAGAGUGACCAUUAUGACGACACGAAUUAGACUUUUUUUAGUUUUAAAUAAUUAUUUAAAUAACGCUCAAGACAGUACAUCACUCGUACGGACACUACCUGGGAUUACGCGAUAUUUUUUUUAUUUAUAAUCUGAGCUGCCAUUGAUUGAGGGAUUUUUUGGAGACUACGACUUCUGGAUACUAUUUUUUUAUUUUGACUCGACUCACGGGACGAAUGAGGACUGGACAAGAGACAGUGAUUUUAAUUGAGGACGAGAUUGACAUGCGCCCGGAAUUAUGUGCGGUUUCGCUUGGAGUCUUUUUAAUAAUUAUUUAUAAAUUAUCAGUUGUUUUAAUUUUUUUUUUUUUAUGUGUACUGGUCAGUUAACAGCAGACUCCUAGUCAGAUUACCGUACAGACAGAUCACCCCAAUGACUAAUUAUUUAUAAACGAUUUUUGUUUUUCAAAAAUAAAAUCGAUUCAUUUUAAUAUGUAACUUAUAUAUAUUUGUUAUUUAUGAAUAAAUAUAAUUUUAAUAUAA